AUGGCAUCAUCUUACGUGAUGCUUUCGCUUUUACUGUUGGUAGGCUUAAUGUCGUUACAGCCUGUUGAUGGUAUCGUACGAGGUGAACUCGAUCUUGACGGGAAGCUGACCUUUCCUUUUGCCGUAUCGCUGCAGUUAGCGGACGAAAAGAGGACACAUUUCUGUGGCGGAACGCAUCUGGGAGAUGGUUGGAUACUGACGGCGGCACACUGCAUCAUAUCUGUCAAACGGGGAAAUCUUACCCAAAUCAUCGCCCAGAUAGGUGGCCACAAUUUGAACGACAGCACCGCCCAUCGUUUCCCAAUCGUCGAGACGCACAUGUUGCGCAGCUACAACCCUGUAACGAUGGUCGGAGAUAUUGCAUUGCUGCGUGCGGAACUUCCGACGGGUCGAAGGUUUGAAUCCGAUCCCCAAACACCUUUACGUCUUCCGGAUGAAAGCUAUGGGAAGUUAGUUAACGGUGAGCUGUGCUACAUCUUCGGGUACGGGUCAGAUUCGUACGAUGGACCGAUUAGUAAUACGCUCCACUAUGGAACCGUACUAGCACUCGAUCUGGACAGUUGCAUCGGAAUGAUGGGAGCGGUGGUAGCGCCACCUCCGGACUCUGGAAUGUUUUGUGCCAUCGGACGGUCCGAUGCGUGUAAGGGUGAUUCCGGUGGAGGUUACGUUUGCCGGAAGUCAUUUUCCACACAGUUUGUGCUGCGUGGCGUUAUAUCGUACGGUGUCGGUUGUGGUGCAACGGGCACACCAGGCGUAUAUACGGACGUUGCCUACUAUAUGCAGCACUAUCCGAUCGGUUCCAUCAUUGGUAUAGCUUAAAGUAAAC